CUCCUCGUGCAGUUAGACUGGCGCCGGCUGAGAUGCAGACCCAGAGGGUCCCAGGGAGAAAGCGUGGCCGGCCCCCACUUCACUCCACGCCGCCGGCGCAGAUGGCCGUCCAUAACCUUUACUCUGUUGCUGCUGCUGGCUCCGUACCAGCAGUGACAAUCCCAAAGAAGAGAGGGCGGAAACCCAGGUACAAGAUCAAGUCUCCGGUGCUCAUGACUCCCUUGGCCCUGUCACCUCCACGGAGUACCCCAGAACCUGACCUCAGCUCGAUCCCUCAGGAUGCAGCCACCAUCCCCAGCUUGGUGGUCCCACAGGCUCUCACAGUGUGCCUCUACAUUAACAAGCAGGCCGAUGCAGGGCCAUACCUGGAGAGGAGGAAGCUGCAGCAGCUUCCGGAGCGCCUGGGGCCUGAGCGGCCUGCGGCCGUCCUGCAGCAGGCAGUGCAGGCAUGCAUCGACUGUGCGCACCAGCCAAGGCUGGUCUUCUCCCUUGUCAAGCAGGGCUACCGUGGUGAGCUGGUGUCAGUCUCUGCUUCCUUUGAUGGAAAACAACACCUGAGGAGUCUGCCUGUGGUGAACAGCGUGGGCUAUGUCCUUCGCUUCCUCACCAAACUGUGCCGCAGCCUCCUGUGUGACAACCUCUUCAGCCACCUGCCCUUCCCUGGGAGCAUCGGUGCCUCCGAGAAGGCCCAGGAGAGAGAGGAUGGGAGGACUGAGUCAGCCAAGGCAUCCACUGCCGAAGAGUGCCUGGUAAACCCUGUGGCUAUGAACCGCUACAGCUCGGAUGCCUCCUCUCCUGCCUUUAGCCACCGGGGCUCCUUGACACACUCCUCCCUGUACUUCAAGAGGCUGAACUCUGGAGACGGCCACGUUGGGGGAGGCCCUGCCACGACCACCAGUGGUUCCCGUACAAACCCUGUGCCCUCUGGAGGUUCCUCAACGCCUGGACUGAGGCUCCCAGCCUCCAGCCCCAAGAGGAAUGGGACAUCUAUCGAAGGAAACAGAUGUGCCUCGAGCCCUUCUCCAGAGAUGCAGGACACCAGGCGACCAAGCAGCAGAAACCCUUCCACCUGGACUGUAGAGGAUGUGGUUCGGUUUGUGAAAGAUGCUGAUCCUCAGGCCCUGGGGCCUCAUGUGGAGCUCUUCAGAAAACAUGAGAUCGAUGGCAACGCCUUGCUGUUGCUGAGGAGCGACAUGAUCAUGAAAUACCUGGGCCUGAAGCUGGGUCCGGCGCUCAAACUCUGUUACCACAUUGACAAGCUGAAGCAAGCUAAAUUCUAAAGGUCUCAAGGUCUGGAAGCAAACCCCGAGAUCUCAAGCUUCCCUUCUGCCUGACCAGCAGCCGGCCCCCCUGUUUCCAGUAGAGUGUCCUUUUAAAUGUCACAGCCACAGAGACUUUGUCCUUUUAUAAAAUGUGUGCAUCCUUGCCUUC